GGGGGAGAAUCCAUUUACUUUAAAAUGAGGCCGACGACGACAACGAGAUACCGUAUCGGACGCAAUCAAGAUGCAAUCUGUCUGUUAACAUGAAGGGGUCAGGUGGAGGGCCGCAAGUGCGAUUUCGCAAUGGCCCGGCCGAUCUCUUCCGGGAAUGGCGCCCGGAAGCCAAGAUGCUUCAAUGGUGUGGAACUCUGAUGGCACGCAGCAUAUGUGUGCUUCGCCCUCUAAAGGUCGCCGUGGACAUUCGAUACUCUGGCCCACGAUCUGGACUGGUACCUGCUGCACCGUGCCGCGCGACUGCGAUGCAAGUGCUGGAAAAGGGAAGACUUCAAGAGCAAAAAGAAAAGGAAAACCCCCCCGGCUUGUCUCACAGGAAGCGAAGAGAGUGCCAACAUCUCACUGGACAGAUGCGAGGCACAGAGCGUUGCAUCGUCAAAGUGACACCACGUUGGUUCGGCAGAUUCCCUACGGGAUGCACGAAUCACAUCGUGAACAACGGUUCCAGUUCUUUUCUCCGCCGUAUCCCUAAGACGCCAGAUGCGGAAUAAAUUUAAUUUUUUUUCCCCUCUUUGCCUCACGAAUCCCAGACCGACAUUUUGUCUCGUCUCCUCCGCCGCCUGGCCAU